UCCGGAGACGAUGGAAAACCAGACGGCGGCAGCCAACGCCAGCCAGGAGUGCAGCCUCCGGGCCGACUUCCAGUAUUUCCUCUUCCCCACCAUCUACAUUCCUGUUUUUGUGCUGGGCUUGCUGGAAAACGGGGCCGCCCUCUACCUGCUGACCUGCCGGAUCUCACACCCACCUCGCUCCUACGUCUACCUGCUCAGCCUGGCCACGGUGGACACCUUGUUCGUCUGCGUCCUGCCCUUCAGGAUCCACUACCACCUCCACCGCAACCACUGGGUCUUCGGGGACGUGGCCUGCCGCGUGACGGGCUUCAUGUACUUCCUCAACCUUUACCUCAGCGUGGCCUUCUUCACCGCCAUCUGCGUCGACCGGUACAUAGCCGUCUUGCACCCCUUGGCGUACGUGCGGAUCAAGAGCGGCCACUACACUCUGAUCGCUAUCGUCCUCUGGGCGGUGGGGCUGACGGCCGGCGGCUCUCUGAUCCUGGGAGGCCCUCUGGGCGCCAACGUCAGCGACGCCCAGGUAUGCUUCGAGAGCUUUGGGGAAGCUUCCUGGAAGGGGCGCAUGCUGCCCUACAACAUUUUUGUGCUGAUCUUCGGGUUCCUCGUCCCCUUCGUGGUGAUCUUGAUCAGCUACCCUCUGAUCGCCCAGCGAAUUUCCCACACCUCAGAGAGCGCCUUGAAAAGGAAGGCUCUGAAUACCAUCUACCUCAUCCUCUUCAUCUGCGUCUCCUGCUUCCUCCCCUUCCACCUCACCCACCUCCUCCACCUCCUGAUGCGCGUCGGCCUCAUCCGGAACUGCCCCACGGCCACCGCCAUCUACCAGCUCCGCCGGGUCACCUUAGCCCUGGUUAGCUUCAACUGCUGCCUGAACCCUGUCUUGUAUUACUACACCUUGGCCAACAAGCGGUGGCCCUGCCAGCUGCGUUGGCAACGACGGACUUUCAAAGUCUACAGCAGGAGACGCCCCAACCAGAGCGAUGUGUUAAACUCGGCUGCCAAUGAGGCGAUGUCGAUGAACCCAAGGAAGUUCUCUGCAGGUGUCACGUGGGAAAAAGUUGAAUUUCACGUGUCGGUUUAGGUCAGAGGUUGGCAACCUGUGGCUCUUCCAUCUCUCUGCUGCGGCUCCCUGUCGCCAGUCGCUUCCACAAUU